AUGUUGGAGUUGAAGCUCAAUCACGCCGUUGUGCUCCGGCGCAUUUUCGACUGCAUCCGUGACAUCAUCAGCGAUGGAAACGUCGACUUUGACGCCACGGGCAUGUCGCUCCAGGCCCUCGACGGCAACCACGUAGCGCUCAUCCACCUCAAGCUGCACGAAAGUGGCUUCAGCCGGUACCGCUGUGACAGACCGCGGGCGCUGGGCAUCAACCUCAACUCCGUAACCAAGGCCUUCAAGUCCUGCAGCAACCACGAUUCGGUGCUGAUACAGAGUGAGGAAGAGAAGGACAUCAUAUCCUUCAUCUUCGAGAACAAUGUCGACGAACGUGUCAUGAGCUUCUCCCUGAAGCUCAUGUCCAUCGAGCAGGAUGCCCUCAGCAUCCCGGAGAAUAUGGAAGGCUACGAUGCGGAGAUCACGCUGGGAUCCAAGGAAUUCGCAAACAUCUGCAAGCAGAUGAACGAGUUCUCAGACACCAUCAAAGUCGACGUGUCAGUCAACUCCGUCUCCUUCGCCACACGUGGCGACCUCGGGUACGGAGAGAUCGUGCUCAAAAACCGCCCUCCAACCAACGAAGCCGACUGCGGAGUGAGCGUCAAGGUCAGGCGCCCAAUUAAACAGGGCUACGCGACCAAGUACCUGCUCAUGUUCUCUAAGAGCUCCUGCCUUAGUGACGUGGUUACGCUGGGGCUGUGCCAGAACCGGCCUAUUGAAGUCAGGUACGACGUCAAGGACAUCGUGGGAGACAACGACUCGCCGCACGCGCAGGUGCUCGGUGAACUGAGGUUCUACCUGGCACCCAAAUGUGACGAUGCCAUGGAAGAAAUGUGA